AUGCUCAAAUUUGCCUUACUGCUAAUAUUUUUUCUUCUCGCAAAUAUCCAAUUUCAUGGUAUCUGGGGUGAUAAUGUACGCUCCAUUGAUGAUAUGGAUAAACUACUAAAAAUGGAAAAAACGCUGUAUAGUUCCUUAAAGAGCUACGUUCAAAUGGAGAAACAACGAUUGAAUAAAAUUUCCGACCUUUACCAAGAAAUUACUGACGAACUCUCUAGCACCUACAAAAAUCUUCAGGAUUAUUUUCCUGAAGAGAAGGAUUUAAAUGAAACUGCAAAUGCAAUACUAAGGCUGCAGGAAGUUUACGACCUAACCGAAGAGAAUUUAGCAAAUGGAAAGAUUGCAGGAAUAAAAAAUGCUAUUAACAGUUUAAACUGGAAAGAUUGCCUGUUAAUUAGUCAAGUUGCUGAAUCGAAUGGACUCUUUAAUCGAUCAUGUCGUUGGGCUCAGCAAGCAUUAUAUCAAUUACCACUACAAGAAUAUAAUGACACAAACUUUCCAGUACAUGACCUUAAAACUGUUUUAAAGCGUAUAAUUACAAUCUUCUAUACGACUGGUCAAACCAGAGAAGCUAGAAUGUAUAUCCAGAAAUUACUUCGUCUUGGUGAGUAA